AUCACUAAAGUCGCUUCAUUAUAAGAUAAUCUGUCUUUAUUAUUAUGAAAGAAGCAUACAUAGCAUUUCAAAUUGAGCCCUGAUGAGAUUUGAAGAUGAAGAAGAACAACUUGACAGAGUUCUGCCUUGGUGGCAUGGCCGCAUGCUGUGCGGGCCUCUUCACAAAUCCCCUUGAGGUUGUGAAAACAAGAAUGCAGCUUCAAGGUGAACUUCAAAAGAAAGGAGCAUACAUCAUACACUACAGGAACUCGUUCCACGCGUUCUACACGAUAGGCAAGACAGACGGCCUGCUGGCCCUACAGAAGGGGCUAGUACCCGCCUUGUGGUACCAGUUCUUCAUGAACGGGGUCCGGCUGGGUUCCUUCCAGAUAUUUGACAACCUGGGACUUACCAAGGAUCAUGAUGGUCAUGUGAUCUGGGCUCGCACCGUGCUGGCAGGGGCCACAGCAGGGUGUCUAGGGGCUGCCAUAGGUAGUCCACUAUACAUGGUGAAGACCCAGCUCCAAGCGCGAGCCAAUGCUGCCAUUGCCGUGGGAACGCAGCACUCUCAUGAUAGUUUGUUCAAGGGUCUGUCUGUUGUAUUCAAGGAACACGGAAUAACAGGUUUAUGGCGUGGUACAACAGCGGCCGUGUUUAGGGUCAUGGUGGGGUCAGCUGCUCAACUUUCCACAUUCGGUGCUGCAAAGAGAUAUGUUGUCAAACAUAAGGUAUUUCCAGCAGACAGUGUACUCAACUCUUUCCUCCCCAGUGUAUGUGCUGGGAUGGUCGUGGUCGCAUGUAUGACACCCUUCGAUGUCGUCUCCACACGUCUGUACAACCAACCAGUAGACAAAAAUGGCGUCGGACUAAUUUAUCGGAAUCUUGGUGACUGUUUUGUGAAGAUCUUUAGCAGUGAAGGAUUGUGGGGAUUCUACAAGGGCUGGGGCCCGUCAUUCUUCCGGCUGGUACCUCAUUCCAUUUUGAGUCUUGUUUUCUGGGAUCAACUCAGACUGCUACAUCAUCGGGUGUUUCAUGAACAUAGUGAUUGAUGUUACAGGCAAUCUAGAUGAUUUUUUAGUUAGUUGUUUUAUGUUUAUAGGCGUAUUGUGAAUUAUUUAUUCGCACACUUUCAGUUUGUUCAAUUCGUAAUAUUUUUAUACUGUAAGUCUCUUUUCUGUCAGUUAUUAACAAUGUCUGUCAUUAUUUGCUUUUUAAAGAAAGACUGUCGGUUCCGGUUUUUUUAAGUGCAUUGGAAAAAAAUCAUCAUUUUAAAAAUACAUGUUUUAUUCACAAAGUAUCUUGCUUCCUAAAAGUUCAUUGACACAUAUGAGAAAUAGACUUAAUGUGUUGGAACAUUUACAAAGCAGUGGUACAUAUGUACAGAAUGCGUUAAUCGAUCACAAUAUAUUUAUUUCACAAUUCUCAUAUCCUUGUCCAGUGACAAACAGGGUUUGUUUGGGGACAGGGCAUCCUUGUCCAGUGACAUACAGGGUAUGUUUGGGGACGGGGCAUCCUUGUCCAGUGACAUACAGGGUUUGUUUGGGGACGGGCUUGUCCAGUGACAUACAGGGUUUGUUUGGGGACGGGGCAUCCAUUAACUUUGGACACAUUUCUUAUGUUAACCUUUUUCAUGGUUUGAAAAAUAUUUAAUUUGAAUGUCUUUUAAUAUUUAUGUUUUUAAUUGAUUUAUAAAUCUAAUGUUCAUAAGCACGAUAUAAGAGGAUUUCAAGCUUUUUAUCUGAUUUUAAAGUUUACUAUUAAUUACCUCCCUUUCAUUAUAAUUGACAACCCAUUCAAGCAGAAAGUUCAAGGCUUGAUCCUUUGAUACUGGAGUAUAUCUUUUUAUCUCCAAAGUACUAGUUCUCACCCAAGAACCUGACUCAAGGAUGUCCUUAUUAGCCAAUCAAGGUAAAUAAAUAUGUUUAACUGAUUGCUAUUAAAAUUGUUACCCCCAGAAAGGCUACUAUAACUGUUUGUCACUCAGGUGCAAUGGCCAAGUUGUUAACCUUGAGAUUGCAAGGUUAUGGUUUUGAACCAUAACUUUAGAGAGUUUCAAUUAGCGUUCUUAGGAGUGCUUGAUUUUACCCAUUAAACAGACUCAAGUGUGUAUCCAUUCUGUGAAGGAAGUCACUCUCAAGUUGUUGUGCAUAUUUUUUUGCUAAAAAUGGUAAAAUGAGGAAGGUGACUGUUAUAUAAUAUUUCUUUAAGAUUUGUUUGGAAAUAUUUGCCAGCAUUUUACACUGAUGUACAUACAUAUUUGAUUGUUUUAUUAAUAGUGUAAAAUAUCCUUUGGUUUUAUAAAGUUGAACUUUUGAUGGGGGAAUCUCAGUCUAAUUGUAUGUCUAUGUUAUCUGCAAGUUACCAUUAUUUGUUGUCUUUGUACAUUUUGGAAGUACCGGUAUAAGAAAACUGAAAAUUACUCUUUAAUAUUGUUUGUUUAAAUUAUGUAUUAAACUUAUUUUCACUAUUAAAGUCCAUAACUGGUUUGUUAACACUGUCAAUUUGUGAUUUUAUGUAGAUCUACAUUCUUGGUAAGAUUUUGUCUGUUCUGUAUUAUGUGGAAGCAUUGUUGUCUGAUGAUUACUAGAUCUAUUAGUCUCAGCAUAUUGCCAAAUAUGAGUCUUAUAUACGAAAGAUAAGGAUAUGAGCUGCAUCAUGCGAAAAUGAGUAUUAUACACUAUGGAGUCUUGUUGGGAGCCACUCUCAUCACUAGAAAGUCGCGCAAAGCUCCGUGGUUUCAUAUAAGGAAAGGGUAGCUCCUGCCUUACAAGCCUGUGCAAUUGUGCAGGCUGGUUUGGAGUUAUGCUGAUUGCGUAUGGCAGAAGACCCAUUUCUCAUGACAUGGCUCAAAUGGUUUUUCGUGUUUAUCCUAAUUAUGGUUGACCACACUUGAUGGUGCUAAAAAUUGCAAUCAUUUUAUGUCAUUUAAACGGAUGCAGAUGUAUAUUUGGGUAUAUUUGCUGUAGUCGUAUCUCUACUAUUGUAGCCAAUGUCGUAAAAUAUGUAGGCAGUUUAUUGUAGAGUGAUCAUGUUUUAGUUAUAUAUUUUCAACACCUAUCAGAGUUAAUCUCAAGUUGAUGCACAAAAAUAAAUCAGCCUCCUGCUUGGAAAACGAGGCUUAGUGCAUUUGUAUAAAGUGUCGUCCCAGAUUAGCCUAUGCAAUCCACUCAGGCUAAUCAGGGAUGACACUGUCCAUUUUUAUAAAAAAAUUAGUUUAAAGGAAGUCGCUUCUAAACCAAAAUCCAGUCUAUGUGGAAAGUGUCCUAUCUGAGUGGCCUGUGCAGACUUCACAGGCUAAUCUGGGACUACACUUUGUGCAAAUGCUUUAGGCCCUGUUUUCCUGGAGCACAGCUCAUAUGUGUUUAUGAUGAAAGAAAUGCACAAAAGAGUUCUUUUACAUAUGAUUCAAAAUUGGGUAUAUGUUUCUGUUUUCACUGACACGUAAAUUCAAUCAUGAUUGUCUUUUAUCAUUUUCUAAUGAUUUUUUAUGUACCCCAGUCUUUACUAAGGGACAUAUUGUUUUUGUCCUGUUUGUUUGUUGGUUUGUUUGUUGGUUUUAUUGCGUCAAACUUGAACAUUGGCCAUAACUUUUCAAUAUUGAAGAUAGCAACUUGAUAUUUGGCAUGCAUGUGUAUCUCAUGGAGCUGCACAUUUUGAGUGGUGAAAGUGCAAGGUCAUCUGUCAAGGUCAAAGGUCAAAUGUCAAAUAUAUUGGGGAUCAAGGGACAUAGUGUUUCACCAACACAUCUUGUUUUUAAUGCAUUGGGGUUUUUUUGCAAAAAGGCUAAACUCCAAUUUUCAGAAGCUGUUAUUUAAUUGACUGACUGGAUAAGUUUAUAAUAAAUAUUCACAGUUUAUUUUCUACAUUUUCUGGCAUCUUGGAAUGACAACUUUUCGUUAAUAUGAGGAUAUCAAUGUACAAGCAUAUACUUGAUUACUAAAUUUGCAAAACAGUAGUUUAGUCUGAUACCGUUCAGAAGCAUUUUGAGAUGUAUUGUGAACACUUGUUGGAAAUGAGCACAUGCAUAUUGAUUUGUUCAUGUUGAACAUGCUUUAGCGUUCUGCAAAAGUUCUUGCAACCAAUGUUUCAUCUGGUUUUGUAUGUGUGUUCAAGGAAAAGUUAUCAUAUGAAAACAAUGCUGAUUAGGGAAAUGCAGUAUCAUAGGGAAAAGUGCUAAUAUGCAGAGGGGCCUAAAGAAGGACAAAAAUUGCUAUUGCAGUUGAAAUAAUAAUACUUGUCAGCUGGACUUUAAAAAAGGCAAGCUGUUCUGCUCAUCCUGGCGUGCCGGGUGUACAAGCAAGGUUUUUGAUAAGCUGGUUCAUAAAGAAUUGCUUGAGGGAUUACAUUUAGCCUAAGUAUGUAUUCACCAGUAGACAAUUAUCCCGUAAGCCAAGUUAACUCCCUUUUGUUUGAAAUUUUAUCAAAAUAAGUGGCCAUUUUACAUUUAGAAUGUCGCUUAUGCCAUCAUAUAGGCAGUUGAAGGUUUUUUGGUAUGAUGUUUUUUGGCAAUGCCCUGAUGGAUUUCAUAUCAAUUAUAAAUAUGUAUUUUUUUCCAUAUUAAAUUGACAUUUAUCAAAUUUAGGGUCCAUUUGAACUUUUCACUUUAAACACUCUUGAAGAAAGUAAAAGAAUUUUUGCUAUAUUAAAAUUAUCCCAUAAACAAUAUUUGGUAAAUCUAGUUUGCAUUAAAAAAAGCCUUUUAUACCUUGCAUGUUUACAAAAUGUUCAGGCUUAUUUGUUUUGCUGCAGUAAGUAAUAAGCAAUGGGUGAAGGAAUAUUGUUCAAACUUAUAACAUUUAGCCCUCAUAUUGAAAUGAUCCCAUAGGCAAAGUUUUGCAUUUUCUAGUUUAAAAUUAGGCAUUAUUAAGGGUGUUUGUACACCUUGAACUUUUACAUAUAAGCUAUAUAGAUAGGCUACAGCUCAUCCAACUUAGAUAUUGCAAUCCAACUUCAUAAUUAUGUAGAUACCUUGUACCAGGAACGUUCUCUUGAGAUUGUGGAUCAGUGGGGUAAAGGUUAUUUUUAAUAAAAAUACCAAAUUGGAUUCCACUUGCUAUUUUACAUUAAGGAUUUGAGUUAUUGGUACGAACCUCGGGUCAUUAAUACCUCAUAGCCAGACUGAGAUUUGGAUUGCAUACUCAUGGUAGUGACAAGGUAAGAUCACAACAAAAAUCCGCUCAAUAGUUAUUUAAUAAUUUAGCCAUUCUUAUGAAACAUAAUAUUUAAAUACCUAAUAUCCAGACUGGCAAGGGUUGCAUGUGAUAGGCAAGAGGUAAAUGUCAAGGGUUCUUUUUAUAAAACUUGCACAUUGUACAAACAUUUUGGUUUAGAACAAAAGAAAAAUCAAUUACUGUCUUCUGGUAGCUUUUGCUGAUCAGUCCAAUGCAUAGCAGGUAAGUUCAGUGUAUAUAUUACUGCUGCUGAUGAGUUUAACUGAUGGUGCUAUAUUAUAGUUUUCAGUAGAUGAACAUUGUGGAUAUGUUUGAUUUGGUUCUGAUAGAUGAAUGCAAUCAAAGGUUUCUUAUAUGAUCUUAUGUGCCACACUAGAAUAGAGAUAACCGCUAUUUAGAAUAAAAUAAGUGUACAAACUGUUUUCUGUUUUCAAAUAAUCUAAUUGUGUUGUAUAACAAAUAAGUUUUAGUGACAAAACCUUUUCAUAUUUUCACAUAAUUUAACUGUGUUGUUUAAAAAUAAGUGUUAUGGAGAAUCCUUUUCGAACAUGAAAAUUUGAGUAUUGUUGUAUGAUAUUAUAUGUAUAAAUAAUGUCAACUUGUUUGAAAUAAAUAUGUUUAAACUUAAUAAGUGUUAAUGACAAAACCUAUUUUCUGUUUUCAAAUAUCUGUGUAGUAUGGCCUCGGGUACCCUCAUGUUGAUGCUGGCAUUAAUGGUAAGCUGGUAAUUGCACAACAUUUUACAACUUAAAUGGUGUAAUAAUUAUUUAACUAAUAGUACUAUAAAACAGGGACCUAUACAAACAUAGGUCCCUGUAUAAAAAGAUAACUUUAUUUAGUUAUUUGCAGAAAAUAAGUUUUUGUUAACGUGAAAAUCUCAUUAUGUUACCAGUUAUAAUUACAUUCAAAUUACUCUUUACAAAUAUCAUCCCUUGCAGUUUCUGUUCUAGAAAUAUAUGUUCCUAACAUUUUCAUAUGCAUAUUCCUUAUUUGUUAUCAAGAAUUUGUAUUAUUCAUUGGUUUGCUUCAAGGUUUAUGUGACUUAAUUUUAGUUCUUAAUUUUUUUUAAAGUAGAUUCUGAACAAGCUUUUAUUUGGACGUAUUUGAUUUUAGUCCAUUUUUGCAUUUUGCAAUACUUUUGUUUAUCCAGGGUUUGAUUUAUUCCAUUUUUACAUUUUUAAAAUACUAUAGUUUAUCCAGGGUAUAGUAAAUAUAAAAUAAAUAAAUUAUUUAAAAAU